AGAGGCCCAGCGGGUAAGAAAAGGCCCAAUCCAACACCAAAUUUCACAAAACCCUAAUCAAUAAUAAAUUCUUCCCUCAUACAAACCAAAAGCAGCGACGCUCGUGAAGAAGCUGCACGCCCCAGGAUUGAAGCAGGAAUCGUCAAACAACCCUAGACCUUCAACAAUGUCGUCGAAGAGAAAGGUUAGAGAGCCUAAGGAAGAGACUGUGACUCUUGGUCCUGCUGUUAAAGAUGGGGAACAUGUUUUUGGUGUUGCUCGCAUCUUUGCUUCGUUUAACGAUACCUUCAUUCAUGUUACUGAUUUGUCUGGGAGAGAAACCCUAGUCCGCAUUACUGGUGGAAUGAAAGUUAAAGCUGACAGGGAUGAGUCAUCUCCAUAUGCUGCUAUGCUUGCUGCACAAGAUGUAGCUACACGGUGCAAGGAGUUGGGAAUAACUGCUCUUCAUAUCAAGCUUCGUGCAACUGGAGGAAACAAGACUAAAACUCCAGGCCCUGGUGCUCAGGCUGCUCUCCGUGCCUUAGCUCGUUCAGGCAUGAAAAUUGGUCGCAUAGAGGAUGUGACUCCAAUUCCCUCUGAUAGCACACGCCGAAAGAGUGGUAGAAGGGGUAGAAGGCUAUAGAUUAUUACUAUGGUUUGGAUGGAGCUUCUUGUGUUUACUUUUGGUCACUCUGCUUUGUUUUAAUCCAGACUAUUGUUGUAUUCUGGCAUAUUUAAAUUUAGCCUUAAUUCAGUUUUGCUACUUAAUUGUA